UGUGCCUGCUACAGUUGGAAAUAACAGUUCAGAAGCUGAAAAGGGUUGAAUGGAUUUACAGAAGGUUAUUUUUUGCAAGUAAAUUCAUGGCAACACAUUAAUUUGAUUAGUACAUGCUUUAGAAUUACUUUACACUCAAGCGAUUCAAAAGAUGUUAAAGUUAUCUCCAGGCUGCUGGACAGAUAUGUGUUACACCACCAAGGUACAGAUCAAGACAAAUCUGUGACUCAGGAUUUUAUCUUGGGAAGAGCGCAAGGUGUACGAAGAACUCAGAAUAACGAGGGAAGAUAACUCUGGGAACUACAAAGUGUCAGAAGAACAUCUCUUGCUAAUACAGCUCCCCACCAAAGACCUGGUUAUCUAAGGUUUAUAUAGGAAUGCCUAGGUCAGCUGACAAAAUCCUGGUCUUCUGCUCCAUAAAUGCAGAAAAAACGAUAACAACAGUGGAAAAUUGGAAGUCUGAAUUUCAGCUUUCUUAGAAAUAACUGCAACCUGACACAUUCCAUAAUAUUUAAACAGGGUGGGGGGAGAGGAAUCAUCAAAGAUGUUACGAUGUUACGUUUAGAGAUGACAUUGACAUGAAGAAUAGGUAAAUUUUGUUUUUCAACUUCUGGGAAAGCAGACCUCAUAGGAACUCAGAACAAGUAGGAGAAAAGUUGUUGUUCUUUUUUUUUUUUUCCUUGUUCUUUUUCUUUUCAAAGAUGAACCUAACUGCGCUCAAAGCUUUCGUGGGCUUGCUCUGGAAUUGCUGGGUUCUGGUGGGUCACGCACAGGGAGGUUUAGGAGACAAUCAUGUCCAUUCGAGUUUUAUUUACAGGAGGCUGCGGAACCAUGAGAGAAGGGAGAUUCAGAGAGAGAUUCUCUCUAUCCUGGGUUUACCUCACAGACCCAGACCAUUUUCACCAGGAAAGCAGGCUUCUUCUGCACCCCUCUUCAUGCUGGACCUGUAUAAUGCCAUGACAAAUGAAGAGGAUUCUGAGGAGCUGGAUUAUUCACUGAAGGGAUCGAUGGCAGGGGAGAGCAGAGGGAUUCGGAAAGGAUACCCUGCCUCUCCCAAUGGAUAUUCACGGAGAAUACAAUUAUCUCGCAUGACCCCCCUGACCACACAGAAUCCUCCCUUAGCCAGCCUGCACGACACCAGCUUUCUGAACGAUGCUGACAUGGUCAUGAGCUUUGUCAAUUUAGUUGAACGGGACAAAGACUUCUCCCACCACCGAAGGCACUACAAAGAGUUCCGCUUUGACCUGACUCAGAUCCCUCACGGAGAGGCAGUGACAGCCGCCGAAUUCCGGAUCUACAAGGAUCGGAGCAACAGCCGCUUCGAGAACGAAACCAUUCAGAUUAGCAUUUAUCAGAUCAUCAAGGAGUAUCCCAACAGGGAUGCAGACUUGUUCCUGUUAGACACAAGAAAGGCUCAAGCUUCUGAUGUGGGCUGGUUUGUGUUUGACAUUACUGUGACCAGCAAUCACUGGGUGAUUAAUCCGCAGAACAACCUGGGCUUGCAGCUCUGCGCUGAAACCGGGGACGGUCGAAGUAUCAAUGUUAAAUCUGCUGGCCUGGUUGGAAGACAUGGGCCUCAGUCAAAGCAGCCAUUCAUGGUUGCAUUCUUCAAGGCAAGUGAAGUGCUUUUCCGUUCUGUCCGAGCAGCCAACAAUAAAAGGAAAAACCAGAACCGCAACAAAUCCAGUAGUCAACAGGAGUCCUCUAGGAUGCCAAGUGUUGGGGAUUACAACACAAGUGAGCAAAAGCAAGCAUGCAAGAAACAUGAACUUUAUGUGAGUUUCCGAGACUUAGGAUGGCAGGACUGGAUUAUUGCACCGGAGGGCUACGCUGCGUUCUACUGUGAUGGAGAGUGCUCUUUCCCCCUCAAUGCCCACAUGAACGCGACAAACCAUGCCAUUGUUCAGACUCUGGUUCACUUGAUGUUCCCCGAUCAUGUACCAAAGCCAUGCUGUGCACCAACAAAACUGAACGCAAUCUCCGUGCUCUACUUUGAUGACAGUUCCAAUGUUAUUUUAAAAAAAUACAGGAAUAUGGUGGUACGUUCAUGUGGCUGCCACUAAAACAAACAAAAAAAUAAUCUAAAGCAGAGGGUUUUAUUCAAAAUUGUAAUAAAGUCAAGAUAUGAGCAUU